AUGGUGGGAGACAAUGUCAAAGGCCUUGCUGAAGUGGAGGUAGACAGCUCUCCCCUCAUCUACCCAGCCAGUCAUGCCAUUGAAGAAGUCUGUCAGAGAAAAAGACAUUACUGGAGACUGGACAGCAAAUGCCUCACGCUAUUUCAAAAUGAGUCUGGAACAAAAUAUUACAAGGAGAUUCCACUUUCAGAAAUUCUCCAGGUGACUCAGCCUCGAGAUUUUUCAAACGUGGUGCAGGGCAGCAACCCAUACUGUUUUGAGAUCAUCACUGACACGAUGGUGUACUUUGUUGGCGAAAACAAUGGCAGCAGUCAUCACAGUCCUGUUCUUGCUGCCACCGGAGUUGGACUUGACGUAGCUCAGGGCUGGGAGAAAGCCAUUCGUCAGGCUUUGAUGCCAGUCACUCCUCAAGCUAGCAUUUGCACUGCUGCAGGACAAGGAAAAGAUCACAAAGAGUUAUCUCUAAGCAUCUCUGUUUCAAAUUGCCAGGUCCAGGAGAAUGUGGAUAUCAGCUCUGUGUACCAAAUAUUUGCUGAUGAAGUUCUGGGUUCUGGUCAGUUUGGUAUUGUAUAUGGAGGGAAACACAGAAAGACUGGAAGAGAUGUGGCUAUCAAAGUCAUUGACAAGAUGAGGUUUCCAACAAAACAGGAAAGUCAGCUUCGUAAUGAAGUAGCCAUUCUCCAGAAUUUGCAUCACCCUGGGAUUGUGAACCUGGAAUGUAUGUUUGAAACCCCGGAACGGGUCUUUGUUGUGAUGGAAAAGCUGCAUGGGGAUAUGCUAGAGAUGAUUCUUUCCAGUGAGAAAAGUCGACUUCCAGAACGAAUAACUAAGUUCAUGGUCACUCAGAUACUUGUUGCUUUGAGGAAUUUACACUUCAAGAAUAUUGUGCACUGUGACUUAAAACCAGAGAAUGUACUACUAGCAUCAGCAGAGCCAUUCCCUCAAGUGAAGCUGUGUGAUUUUGGCUUUGCACGUAUCAUCGGUGAAAAAUCCUUCAGGCGCUCUGUGGUGGGGACACCUGCUUAUCUUGCCCCUGAAGUGCUCAGGAGUAAAGGUUACAACCGCUCUCUAGACAUGUGGUCAGUAGGAGUUAUUGUCUAUGUGAGCCUUAGUGGUACAUUCCCAUUUAAUGAAGAUGAGGAUAUAAAUGAUCAAAUUCAAAAUGCAGCAUUUAUGUACCCACCAAAUCCUUGGAAGGAAAUUUCUAGUGAAGCCAUUGAUUUAAUAAACAAUUUACUUCAAGUGAAGAUGAGAAAACGUUUCAGUGUUGACAAAUCCCUUAGUCACCCAUGGUUACAGGAUUAUCAGACUUGGCUUGACCUCAGAGAAUUUGAAACACGCAUUGGAGAGCGUUACAUUACCCACGAGAGUGAUGAUGCACGCUGGAAAGAACAUGCUUAUGAACACAACCUUGAGUACCCGCAGCAUUUUAUUAUGGCUCCUAAUCCAGAUGACAUGGAAGAAGACCCUUGACUUAUGCAUUAUGCUAAAUUGCAGCAAAGAAGGAUACUCCAAACAGAAACUGAAGAUAAGUUUUGGAAUAACUGUUGCUCUUUCUGAAUGCUGUAGUUCAGUGUACAAAGC